AUGUCUGGCGUUUGGGUGUUCAAGAACGGCGUGGUGAGACUUGUCGAGAACCCUGCAACCGAGUCCAAUCAAGGCUCUGCCGGCCAUAGACAUAAAAUCUUGGUAUAUAUGCCAACUAAUGAAGUCAUAACAUCUUAUUCGAUACUCGAGAGAAAUCUCUACUCUCUCGGAUGGGAAAGAUAUUACGAUGAUUAUGACCUUCUACAAUACCAUAAGAGAUCAACGGUACAUUUAAUCUCACUUCCGAAGGAGUUUAGUAAGUUCAAACCCGUGCACAUGUAUGAUAUCGUUGUCAAGAAUAAAAACAUGUUCCAAGUUAGAGAUCCUCAUCUUCCAAAUUAG